UUUCUAUCUCUUAUUUCUUCUUCUCUUGGUAGGUUGGUUAGGCUUUCUGGUUUUUCCUUACGCUUUAUUUUUUUGUGGUUUCUUCUCGUUGUCUGGUAGGUUGGUUGGUUGUCUUUGUCAUGUUUUCAGUGCUUAUCUGCUUUGGUUAUUGUUUGGACAAUGAUGCUUAGAUCCUCCUUUUUAAUUAUUUGGAUGGUUGGUUCGACAAUGAGAUCUUUACCUUGGAAGGGAGAUUUUAUUUUGACACCUUUUUGGAUGGGAAAUUUUUGUCUGGAUUCUACUUGGGUUGGAGGUUUUUCCAAUCUGAGUCCUUAGAAGGGGUUCUUUGUUGUAUGUCCUUUGUUUGGUUUUGUUUUUUCCUUAUUAUGCUCCUAUUUUUAAUUACAGGUGAGGUGGUUCUUUUGGUUUCAUGGAGUGGAAUUAGCCUUUUAUGAAGCAAUAGAUUGAUUGCUCAGGGUGAAUUUCGUUCUAAGAGAUUUAUUUUUGUCAUUCUAAAAUCAUUUAUUGGUUGUUCUUGGAAGAUUCUUUUCUAAGCAAUUUUGCGGAAGGGAUAGAGUGUCGAGAUAAUGGAUGCAAAACUCUCAAGGGUCGCUCGUAUGCUAACGCCGUCUCCAAUCCAAGAGCUUUCGCAGCUCGCCCAAAGAAUCGGCGCCAUUAACCUGGCCCAUGGUUUCCCCGACUUCCCCGCGCCGCCAGAUUUCAAGGCUGCCGCCGUCUCUGCCAUCAACUCCGAUUUCAAUCAGUAUAGGCAUGUGCAAGGCAUUUGUGAAUUACUGGAAGAAAAAAUGAAACGAGACCAUGGCCUUCAUAUAAAUCCACUCACUGAUGUUGUGAUCAGCUGCGGCCAGACCGAAGCAUUUGCUGCAUCUAUAUUUGCUGUGAUCGACCAUGGCGAUGAAGUUCUUUUGUUUGAUCCUGCUUAUGAAACAUAUGGACCAUGCAUUUCUUUGGCUGGAGGAAUACCUGUCUAUGUGCCAUUGGAUCCACCUUAUUGGACUUUUGACGUAGAAAAAUUAACAAAAUCCUUUACAAGUCGGACAAAAGCUAUGGUUCUUAACAGCCCGCAUAAUCCAACUGGGAAAGUUUUCACCAAGGGAGAACUUGAAGCCAUUGCUGAAGCUUGCCGCAGCAAGGAUUGCAUUUGCAUUACUGAUGAAGUAUAUGAGUAUAUAACAUUUGACAUGCAUAAACAUGUGUCCAUUUCUUCUCUGCAUGGGAUGCAAGAAAGGACCAUCAUCACGUCAUCAUUGUCAAAAACAUUCAGUGUCACUGGUUGGAGGAUAGGUUGGGCUUGCGCACCAUCCAAUAUUGCAUCUGCGAUAAGAAAUAUUCAUAUCCGAAUAACAGAUUCAGCGCCUGCACCUUUCCAAGAGGCUGCACUUACGGCUUUAAGAAGCUCCCCAGAAUACUUCAAGUCCCUUAGAACUAGCUACGAGGCCAGGAGAGAUAUUGCUGUUGAGACUCUCUCUGGGCUUGGUUUCCAGAUACAGUUCAAACCGCAGGGUUCAUUGUUUCUAUUUGCGGAGCUUCCAGAGAGCUGGUUACAUUCUGAUGUGGAUUUUGUGAGGGAGCUGAUCAAGAAAGGUGGGGUUGCUGCAGUACCUGGUUGCGGUUUCUUUCAUUACAGUUCCAAUAAUGAAAAUAAAUAUUACAAUAGAUUUGUUAGAUUUGCAUUUUGCAAGAGUGAUGAAACACUUGCAGCUGCUGCUCAGAGGAUUAGAGAGCUCGAAGUCAUCGGAGACAAAGGUUUACUUAAGAAAUUAUGAAUUUAAUGUUUGAUCACUUGAUGAUUAUUUUUCCA